AUGUACUCGGCAUGGAGGGAAGAUCCUAGCAGCGUCCAUGUUUCGUGGCAGUCAUAUUUCAAGAACAUUGAGGGUGGUAAGCCCAGUAGUGAGGCAUUCAGUGCCCCUCCUACCAUUGUUCCCACUCCUUCAGGUGGUGUAGUUACAUUUGCAUCAUCUGGUGAGAGCAGUGGUGCUGGUAACGGUAUUAUUGAUCACUUGAAGAUCCAGCUUUUGGUGCGUGCUUAUCAAGUUCGUGGUCAUCAAAAGGCCAAGGUCGAUCCUCUGGGUAUCUCGUUUGGUGCCGACAGUAAAAAAAAUAAUGUUCCCAAGGAGUUGACUUUAGAACACUAUGGAUUCACUGAGAAGGAUUUAGAUAAGAAGAUCACUCUUGGACCCGGUAUUUUGCCUAGAUUUGCUGCUGAUGGUGAGUCGCAAAAGUCGCUCCGCCAAAUUAUUGAGAUUUGUGAGAAAAUCUACUGCGGCAGCUAUGGUGUAGAAUAUAUUCACAUUUCCGACCGUUUCAAGUGCGACUGGAUUAGAGAGAGAAUUGAAAUCCCCGUUCCAUAUAAGUAUUCGGUUGAUGAGAAGAGAAGAAUCCUCGAUCGUCUUAUCUGGGCCACUUUGUUUGAGUCAUUUUUGUCGUCCAAGUUCCCUAAUGACAAGAGAUUCGGCUUAGAGGGUGCUGAGACCAUGGUUCCUGGUAUGAAGUCUUUGAUUGAUAGAUCUGUUGAUAAGGGUAUUGAGGACGUUGUAAUUGGUAUGCCCCACAGAGGUCGUCUUAACAUGUUGAGUAACGUUGUUCGUAAGCCCAACGAGUCUAUUUUCAGUGAAUUUGCUGGAUCCGCUAGUUUUGACGAAGGUUCUGGUGAUGUCAAGUACCACUUGGGUAUGAACUAUAGACGUCCCACUCCUAGUGGUAAGAAGGUCAACCUUUCGUUGGUUGCCAAUCCUUCCCACUUGGAAGCUGAGGAUCCUGUUGUCCUUGGUCAAACCAGAGCCAUUCAACACUACAAGAAGGACGAGGGUACUUAUGAGAAGGCUAUGGGAGUCUUGUUGCAUGGAGAUGCUGCUUUCGCUGGUCAAGGUGUUGUUUACGAAACCAUUGGUUUCCACUCAUUACCUGCCUACUCCACUGGUGGUACUAUCCACAUCAUUAUCAACAAUCAAAUUGGUUUCACUACCGAUCCCAGAUUCUCGCGUUCUACCCCAUAUCCAUCUGAUAUUGCCAAGGGUAUUGAGGCUCCUAUUUUCCACGUCAAUGGUGAUGAUAUCGAGGCUGUUACAUUUAUCUUCAAUUUGGCUGCCGACUGGAGAGCCACUUUCAAGUCUGAUGUUAUCAUCGACAUUGUCUGUUACAGAAAGUACGGUCACAACGAGACCGAUCAACCUUCUUUCACUCAACCUUUGAUGUAUCAGAAGAUUGCCAAAAAGGACACUGCUUUGAACUACUAUGUUGAGAAGCUUCUUGCUGAGGGUUCGUUUACCAAGGAAGAUAUUGAGGAGCACAAGAAGUGGGUCUGGCAAUUGUUGGAGGAAUCGUUCAGCAAGUCCAAGGACUACACUCCUACCCAAAAGGAAUGGGUGUCUUCUGCUUGGGAAGGUUUCAAGACCCCCAAGGAGUUGGCUACUGAGAUCCUUCCUCAUUUGCCCACUGCUAUUGACGAGGCUACUGUCAAGGAGGUUGGAAAGAUUGUUUCUACCGUUCCUGAAGACUUCAACCUUCACCGUAACCUCAAGCGUAUUCUUAACACUCGUCUUAAGAGCAUUGAAGAGGGUAAGAACAUCGACUGGUCGACUGGUGAGGCUCUUGCCUUUGGUUCUCUUGUCAAGGAAGGAUACCAUGUCCGUUUGUCUGGUCAAGAUGUUGAGAGAGGUACCUUCUCUCAAAGACACGCUGUCUUGCAUGAUCAAGAGUCUGAGAAGACUUACGUCCCAAUCCAAACCGUCGGACCUGAUCCUGACAAGUUUGUCAUCUCCAACUCGUCAUUGUCUGAAUACGGUGUCAUGGGUUUCGAGUAUGGUUACUCAUUGACCAGUCCCGAUGCUCUUGUUAUUUGGGAGGCCCAAUUCGGUGAUUUCGCCAACACCGCCCAAGUCAUUACUGAUCAAUUUGUGGCUGCCGGUGAGUCCAAGUGGGCCCAGAGAACUGGUCUUGUUCUGUCUCUUCCUCACGGUUACGACGGUCAAGGACCUGAGCACUCGUCUGCAAGAAUUGAACGUUACCUCCAACUUGCCAAUGAAGACCCUAGAGUUUUCCCAUCUCCUGACAAGCUUGAACGUCAACACCAAGACUGUAACAUGCAGAUUGCCUACCCCUCUACUCCUGCCAACUUGUUCCACUUGUUGAGAAGACAAAUGCACAGAGCUUUCAGAAAGCCUCUUGUCUUGACAUUCUCUAAGUCGUUGUUGCGUCAUCCUUUGGCCCGUUCCUCCAUUGAGGACUUCACUGGUGACUCGCACUUCCAAUGGGUUAUUGAAGAUGCUGAACACGGUGUUUCUAUUAACUCCAAGGAGGAAACGAAACGUCUUGUUUUGUGUUCUGGUCAAGUCUUCACUGCUUUGCACAAGGCCCGUGAGACAAAUGGCAUCAAGGAUACUGCUUUCGUCAAGAUCGAGCAGUUCCAUCCUUUCCCAUUUGCUCAAAUUAAGGACGUCCUUGAUUCAUACCCUAACGUUGAGGACAUUGUCUGGUGUCAAGAAGAGCCUCUCAACGCCGGUGCCUGGAGUUUCGUCAGCCCUCGUUUUGCCACUACAUUUGCUGAGACAGAGCACCAUAAGAACGCUACCUUGAGAUAUGCUGGUAGACCCCCAUCUGCCAGUGUUGCUGCCGGUACCAAGAAGGCCCAUUUGGCUGAAGAAGAGGCCUUCAUCAAGGAUGCCUUGAACCUUUAA